CCAUGGGCAGCCUGGUGCUGGAGGACGGGACGGUGCUGCGCGGCCGCUGCUUGGGGGCCGCGGGGGCCGCCGCCGCCGGCGAAGUGGUCUUCCAGACGGGCAUGGUAGGAUAUCCCGAAGCACUGACAGAUCCCUCCUACAAAUCCCAGAUCCUGGUGCUGACUUACCCUCUCAUCGGGAACUAUGGCAUUCCUCCUGAUGAGUUGGACCAGUUUGGACUCAGCCGGUGGUUUGAGUCGAGCCGCAUCCAUGUAGCAGCCCUGAUUGUGGGCGAGUGUUCUCGCAACCCCAGCCAUUGGUGUGCCACACGCUCACUUGACCAGUGGCUGCAGGAGAAUGGCAUUCCUGGCCUGGAAGGAGUGGACACGCGAGCACUGACCAAGAGGAUUCGGGAAAAGGGGACCUUGCUUGGCAAACUGGUUCCCGAUGGCACUCAUAACCAGAACCUCCCCUUUGAGGACCCAAAUAAGAGGCAUUUGGUGAAGGAGGUCUCACUGAAGGCACCCCAAGUAUUCAAUUCUGGUGGUUCCGUGCGGAUCACAGCUGUAGACUGUGGCUUGAAGUACAAUCAGAUUCGAUGUUUGUGUCAGCGUGGUGCCGCUGUGACCGUGGUGCCCUGGGAUCACCCGCUGGACAGUGUAGAAUUUGAUGGACUUUUUAUCAGCAAUGGCCCCGGGGACCCAGUAUUGUGCCAAGCGACUGUUGCCAACCUGCGUGGUGUUUUGGAGCUGCCGGCCCCUAAGCCUGUCUUCGGUAUCUGCUUGGGCCAUCAGCUGCUAGCUUUGGCCAUUGGGGCCAAGACCUACAAGAUGAAGUACGGGAACCGUGGGCACAACCAGCCAUGCCUCCAUGAAGGCUCUCAGCGCUGUUUCAUCACCUCGCAGAACCAUGGCUUCGCAGUGGACCCGGCUAGUUUGCCAGCUGGCUGGACCCCUCUCUUCACGAAUGCCAAUGACCGCUCCAAUGAAGGCCUGGUGCAUGAUUCGAAGCCCUUUUUCAGCGUGCAGUUUCACCCAGAGCACAAAGCAGGCCCAGCAGAUCUCGAGUGUCUGUUUGAUGUUUUCUUGGAGACCAUACACGACUCGUUCACUGGAGUGCAGAAUCCCAAGACAGUGCGUGAGCGGCUGCAGGACUGCCUGCAAUCGGCAGAAGCCCCGCUUGCCAGAGAUGUGUCCCGGCCCCAUAAGGUUCUAAUCCUGGGCUCCGGGGGCCUUUCGAUAGGGCAGGCGGGUGAGUUUGACUACUCUGGCUCUCAGGCAAUCAAAGCUCUGAAGGAAGAAAGCAUCCAGACUGUGCUGAUCAACCCCAACAUCGCCACGGUGCAGACCUCCAAAGGCCUGGCUGACAAGGUCUACUUCUUGCCCAUCACCCUUGACUACGUCACCCAGGUGAUCAAGAAUGAGCGCCCAGAUGGUAUCCUGCUGACCUUUGGAGGACAGACGGCGCUGAACUGUGGCGUGGAACUGACCAAGGCCGGCGUGCUGGAACGGUACCGGGUGCGAGUCCUGGGCACCCCUGUGGCUUCCGUUGAGAUGACGGAGGACCGCAAGGUCUUUGUAGAGAAGAUGGAGGAGAUUGGAGAACAUGUGGCACCCAGCGAGGCCGCCUGCUCCAUUGAACAGGCUCUGGUAGCAGCUGAACGGCUCGGCUACCCGGUGCUCAUGCGUUCGGCCUAUGCACUGGGCGGGCUGGGCUCUGGCUUCGCCAAUGGGAAGGAGGAACUGACGGCGCUUGUGAGCCAGGCCUUCGCCCACACCCCACAGGUGCUGGUGGACAAAUCACUCAAGGGCUGGAAGGAGAUAGAGUAUGAGGUGGUUCGAGACGCCUAUGACAACUGCAUCACGGUGUGCAAUAUGGAGAACCUGGACCCACUGGGCAUCCACACUGGGGAGUCUAUUGUGGUGGCCCCCAGCCAGACACUUAACGACCAGGAAUACAACCUGCUGCGCACCACAGCCAUCAAGGUGGUUCGGCACUUGGGGAUUAUUGGCGAAUGCAACAUCCAGUAUGCGCUGAACCCCGAGUCUGAGCAGUACUACAUCAUAGAGGUGAACGCCCGGCUCUCGCGGAGUUCUGCCUUGGCGAGCAAGGCCACCGGCUACCCCUUGGCCUAUGUUGCUGCCAAGCUGGCUUUGGGCAUCCCUUUGCCCAUCCUCAGGAAUUCAGUCACCAACUCCACCACAGCCUGUUUUGAGCCCAGCCUGGACUACUGCGUCGUCAAGAUCCCACGUUGGGACCUCAGCAAGUUUCUGCGCGUCAGCACCAAGAUUGGCAGCUCAAUGAAGAGUGUGGGUGAGGUUAUGGCCAUUGGGAGGAGCUUUGAGGAGGCCUUCCAGAAGGCCCUGCGCAUGGUAGACGAGAACUGUGUAGGGUUUGACCACACCGUGAAACCGGUCUCUGACAUGGAGCUGGAGACUCCUACCGACAAGCGGAUCUUCGUGCUGGCAGCUGCCCUGCGGGCCGGCUACUCCAUCGAGCGCCUUUAUGAGCUCACCAAAAUUGACCGCUGGUUCCUGCACAAGAUGAAGAACAUCACCGACCACGCACUGUGCCUGGAGUCAUACCGCCAGGCUGAGCCGGGCGCCAUGCCAGCCGCGGUGCUCAAGCUGGCCAAGCAGCUGGGCUUCUCGGACAAGCAGGUGGCUCAAGCUGUCCUCAGUACAGAAUUAGCUGUGAGGAAAAUGCGGCGUGACCUGAAGAUCCUGCCAGUGGUGAAGCAGAUCGACACGGUGGCGGCUGAGUGGCCGGCCCAGACCAACUAUCUCUACCUCACCUACAACGGAACAGAGCACGACCUGGCCUUCCGCGAGCCGCAUGUCAUGGUCAUCGGCUCCGGCGUCUACCGCAUCGGCAGCAGCGUGGAGUUCGAUUGGUGUGCCGUCGGGUGUAUCCAAGAGCUGCGCAAGAUGGGCUACAAAACCAUCAUGGUGAACUACAACCCUGAGACAGUGAGCACGGACUACGACAUGUGUGACCGUCUCUACUUUGACGAGAUGUCAUUCGAGGUGGUGAUGGAUAUCUAUGAGUUGGAGAACCCCGAGGGUGUGAUCCUGUCCAUGGGAGGGCAGCUCCCCAAUAACAUUGCCAUGGCGCUCCACCGGCAGCAGUGCCGGAUCCUGGGCACCUCUCCUGAGGCUAUCGACUCUGCCGAAAACCGGUUCAAGUUCUCUCGCCUUCUGGACACCAUUAACAUCAGCCAGCCCCUCUGGAAGGAGCUCUCGGACAUGGAGUCGGCCAAACAGUUCUGCUGCAAGGUGGGGUAUCCCUGUGUGGUGCGCCCCUCCUAUGUACUCAGUGGGGCUGCCAUGAAUGUGGCCUAUUCGGACAGCGAUCUGGAGAGGUUCCUCAACAACGCUGUCGCCGUCUCCAAGGAGCAGCCGGUUGUCAUCUCCAAGUUCAUCCAGGAGGCCAAGGAGAUUGAUGUGGAUGCUGUGGCCUGUGACGGGGUGGUGGUGGCCAUUGCCAUCUCUGAGCAUGUAGAGAAUGCUGGCGUGCACUCGGGAGAUGCCACGCUGGUGACCCCACCACAGGACAUCACUCCUAAGACUCUGGAACGGAUCAAGGCCAUCGUGCAUGCCAUUGGGCAGGAGCUGCAGGUUACGGGGCCGUUCAAUCUCCAGCUCAUUGCCAAGCACGACCAGCUGAAGGUGAUAGAGUGCAACGUGCGGGUCUCCCGAUCCUUCCCCUUUGUGUCUAAGACUCUGGGAGUGGACCUGGUGGCUCUCGCCACACAAGUGAUCGUAGGAGAGGAGGUGGAGCCUGUUGGACUCAUGGCAGGCACCGGCAUUGUUGGCGUCAAGGUACCCCAGUUCUCGUUCUCGCGGCUGGCGGGGGCCGAUGUCGUGCUGGGGGUGGAGAUGACCAGCACGGGUGAGGUGGCCUGCUUUGGCGAGAACCGUUGCGAGGCCUACCUCAAAGCCAUGCUGAGCACCGGCUUCAAGAUCCCCAAGAAGAACAUCCUGCUGACCAUCGGGAGCUACAAGAACAAGAGUGAGCUCCUGCCCACAGUGCGCACCCUGGAGAGCCUGGGCUACAACCUGUAUGCCAGCCUGGGCACUGCUGACUUCUACACGGAGCAUGGCAUCAAGGUGAAGGCCGUGGACUGGCACUUUGAGGAGGCCGAUGGCAGCGAGAUACCAGGCAAGGACACCCAGCAGCGCAGCAUUUUGGACUACCUGGCUGAGAAUCACUUUGACCUGGUGAUCAACCUGUCUAUGCGCAACUCGGGAGGGCGCCGUCUCUCCUCCUUUGUCACCAAGGGAUACCGCACCCGGCGCCUGGCUGUUGACUAUUCCGUGCCCCUCAUCAUCGACAUCAAGUGCACCAAGCUCUUUGUUGAGGCAUUGGGCCAGAUUGGGGGACCUCCUCCAUUGAAGAUGCAUGUGGACUGCAUGACCUCACAGAAGCUCAUCCGCUUGCCUGGACUGAUCGAUGUUCACGUGCAUUUGCGUGAGCCAGGGGCUUCCCACAAAGAAGACUUUGCUUCUGGCACAGCUGCUGCUCUGGCCGGAGGCAUCACCAUGGUGUGCGCCAUGCCCAACACCACUCCUGCUGUCAUCGAUGCUGGAUCCUUUGUCCUGGUGCAGAAGUUGGCAGAGGCAGGGGCCCGCUGUGAUUUCGCCCUGUAUGUGGGAGCCUCUUCCGACAACGCCGGCUCUCUGGGAUCUGUUGCUGGGCUCAGUGCUGGCCUCAAGAUGUAUCUGAAUGACACCUUCUCUGACCUCAAGAUGGAUAAUGUCUCCUUGUGGAUGGAGCAUUUUGAGAAAUGGCCCAAGCACCUUCCAGUUGUGGCCCACGCUGAGAAACAAACCGUGGCCGCUAUCCUAAUGGUAGCCCAGCUGUACCAGCGCCCUGUCCAUAUCUGCCACGUGGCCCGCAAGGAGGAGAUCUUGAUCAUCAAGGCCGCAAAGCAGAAGGGCAUUGAGGUGACAUGUGAGGUGGCCCCUCACCACCUCUUCCUGUGCCAGGAGGACCUGGGGCGCAUUGGGGAAGGCCGGGGUCAGGUACGGCCCAUGCUAGGCACCCGCGAGGACAUGGAAGCACUCUGGGACAACCUGGACACCAUUGACUGUUUUGCCACAGACCAUGCUCCACACACACUAGAGGAGAAGCUUGGGAAGGACCCUCCCCCUGGCUUCCCGGGACUGGAAACCAUGCUGCCGCUCCUGCUGACAGCUGUGUCUGAGGGGCGCCUCACUGUGGAAGAUAUUGUCAAGCGCCUCUAUGAGAACCCCCGGCGCAUCUUUGGGCUGCCUAUGCAGGAUGACACCUACAUUGAGGUGGAUCUGGAGCAGGAGUGGCUGCUGCCCACCUACACGACCUUCAGCAAGUCCCGGUGGACGCCAUUUGAAGGGAUGCGGGUGAAGGGGACUGUCCGGCGUGUCAUCUUGCGUGGAGAGGUGGCCUACAUCGAUGGACAGGUCCUCGUACCCCCAGGCUAUGGGCAGGAUGUGCGAAAAUGGCCAACGGGCGCGGUGGUUCCGCAUCCAGCUUCAACCAAGGAGAUCCUGAAGACGCCCGAGCGCCCUCGCCCCACUGUGCAAGCGGAGGCCUUGCGCAGCCGAGCAUCAAGUCCCCGCCGAGCAGGCCCAGUGGGAGACGCACGCUUCCAUCUGCCGCCCCGCAUCCACCGUGCCUCAGACCCUGGGCUACCAGCUGAAGAUCUCAGGGAAAAAGUUGUGAAAAAAGCAACUGAGCCUGACCUGGCCAUGAUCCAAGAUGGCCCGCUGUACCUGGCAGGCCCCUUGCCCAGGCAGGCGUCCCCCCAGAGCCUGCCGCACCCACAGACCUCACCGCUGCUUCACCCCCUCAUCGGGCAGCACGUGCUGUCGGUCAAGCAGUUCACAAAGGACCAGCUGUCGCACCUGUUCAACGUUGCACACAACCUGCGCAUGAUGGUGCAGAAGGAGCGCAGCAUCGACAUCCUGAAGGGGAAGGUGAUGGCGUCCAUGUUCUACGAGGCGAGCACACGUACCAGCAGCUCCUUUGCCGCAGCCAUGUACCGCCUGGGUGGCUCGGUGCUCACCUUCUCUGAAGCCACCUCGUCCUGCCAGAAAGGAGAGUCGCUGGCUGACUCGGUCCAGACCAUGAGCUGCUACUCGGAUGUUCUCGUGCUGAGACACCCGCAGCCUGGUGCUGUGGAGCUGGCUGCCAAGCACUGCCGCAAACCUGUGAUCAGUGCAGGUGAUGGAGUCGGGGAGCAUCCCACGCAAGCCCUGCUGGACAUCUUCACCAUCCGUGAGGAACUGGGCACUGUCAACGGCAUGACGAUAACCAUGGUGGGUGACCUGAAGCACGGGCGCACGGUCCACUCUUUGGCCUGUCUGCUGACCCAGUACCGUGUUAGCUUGCGCUACGUCACUCCAAGUAACCUGCGCAUGCCGUCUGACGUCUUCCAUUUUGUGGCCUCUAAAGGGAUCAAACAGGAGGAAUUUGAGAACAUUGAGGAGGCCCUUCCUGAUACUGAUGUCCUCUACAUGACCCGCAUCCAGAAGGAGCGCUUUUCCUCCAUUCAGGAGUAUGAAGCGUGUUUUGGCCAGUUCAUUCUGACCCCGCACAUCAUGACGAGAGCUAAGAAGAAGAUGGUGGUGAUGCAUCCGAUGCCCCGUGUCAAUGAGAUCAGCAUGGAGGUGGAUUCGGACCCCCGGGCAGCCUACUUCCGGCAGGCAGAGAACGGCAUGUACAUCCGCAUGGCGCUGCUGGCCACGGUGCUUGGCCGGUACUGACAGGUGCCUACACUCCUCUGCGAGGGGCACAAGGGGGCAGCUCUGUUCUCAACUCGCCCACUGGUUGGUGCCAUUCUGUUGGGCUUGUGCCAACUUCACU